AUGAUUAAUGGUUUUAAUGAUCGGUGUGAGCGUGUGGGUCUGACUCAUUUGGUUUUUGUAGACGAUUUGAUGAUUUUCUAUGCAACUGAGAGAGAUUCUUUGGAGUUUAUAAGGCAGGUCCUGACAGAUUUUGUAGGGCUGUCUAGGUUAGUUGCAAAUAUUGGGAAGAGUUCUAUGUUUGUUGCGGGUGUGGAGUCUGGUGAGGCGAAGGAACUAGCUGCAUUUAUGGGAUUCUCUCUUGGUUCACUGCAUGUUAGGUAUCUGGGGUUACCUUUAUUGGUUGGUCAGUUGAGGGCUAUGGAUUGUGCACCUUUGAUACAGAGGAUUACAGCUCGUAUUAGAAGCUGGGCGGCGCGGUCCCUCUCUUUUGCUGGGAGUGCGGUGAGUCGGGGUGGUGCACAGGUGGCGUGGGAUGAGGUGUGCUUGCCAUUAGGAGAAGGGAGGUUGGGUGUGAAACAUGUGGCUUCAUGGAACCAGGCUGCUAUUAUGAAGCUGCUCUGGCUUCUCUUAAUUAAAUCGGGAUCAUUAUGGGUGGCAUGGGUAGAGACGUAUGUUUUGUGUGGGUUGUCUUUGUGGGCUAUUCGGAGUGAGGUUGGGAGGUCUUGGUGCUUAAGGGCUAUCUUGCAUUGUAGAUAUAGAUUCAAGCAUUUGGGAAUAGAGUGUCCUCCCGUUCCUGGCUCAAAAGAAAACCGAAUUGUUCGAGAUGCAUACGACAAAUGGAUUAGGGCUAACGAGAAAGUCUAUGCCUAUAUUCUUGCCAGCAUAUCUGAUGUAUUGGCUAAGAAACAUGAGAGCAUAAGUACUGCCAUGCAGAUCAUGGAGUCUCUGCGUGGGAUGUUUGGACAACUGUCCUUCUCCUUGAGACUUGAUGCUAUCAAAUACGUUUACAACUGUCGUAUGAAAGAAUGGGCCUCUGUUAGAGAACACAUUCUGGACAUGAUGUUCUGCACGAACGCACUCAUGAAUCAAAUAGAAUAUAACUUGACUACACUUUUCAACGGGCUACAGGCUUACCAGACCAUGAUGAGGGCUAAGGGAUUGGAACCAGAAGUAAAUGUUACUACUGCUGAGAAAAGAAGAUCGUCCUCUAAGAAGCCUGAUAUUGCUUCUUCUUCAUAA